GGACGUGAUACCGCGCACCGUCAAAGCGGAGGUAUUGACUGGUGCUGUUGGCCAGAAUCAGGAGCAAGCCACCGAGUCGUCUGGUACGAAGGAACAUGGAUACGACCAAGGUAUCACGUGGAUCAUCAUCCAGAACUUAAGCGGAAAUAGCCAAUGAACGUCAGUGUCUGACAUUUCCGGAUUGUUUAGUUCUUCAAAGAUUACAACACCGAGUCACAGGAGCAAUUAAUUGUGGAAUAUCAUCCCCGAAAUAAUGAAGAAAAAACCUAGGCCUCCACUGCGUACUUCUAAGCGCAACAAGUUGGUGAGUAGCAAUGAUGACUGUCCAGCUGAAGAGGAAAACUUCAUUGCACCAUCCAGUUCUGAGAUUGUUUUAGAGUCAGCGCUGGAAGUCCACCACCUGACUCUACCACAGCGCAGUCAAAGCCUCCUAACCUUUUUAAAUGAGGACCGCAGUCGCCAGAAAUUUUGUGACCUGUCUGUGUCCGUGGGUGGGAAGAUCUUCCAAGCCCACAAGGUGGUGUUGGCCCACGGGAGCAGCUACUUCCACGCUGAGCUCUCCAAGAACCCCACUACCACACAGGUGACUCUGGACCACGUGGAUGACUGCGUUUUCCAGCACCUGCUCAGCUUUCUGUAUGCUUCUGAGUGCCUGGUAACAGAGAAAGAUCUCCCAGCUCUAACUGAAGCGGCCCGAUUCCUGGACAUGACGGAAUUACUGAAGAUGCUGUGCGGAGAGGCGGCGGCGCAGCCUCAGAGUUUAAGCCAGGAUCAAGCUGAGAUACAGAAGAGUCCAGAGACGGAAAUGAGUUCCACGAUCUCACCAGCAGGUGGUCAGAGUCCGAUGGAGGACAUUCGGCAAGAUAUCUUUGAAAACUCAACAGAGAGCUCUUCGGGGGACCACCACAGGGAUGCGGCACAGGAGGACUCACUACCUGAAAAGGUUGACACAGCAGGCAGGAAGAUGCCCGGAAGGCGUAGGUCAUCUCGGACAAGGAGAAUACCUGGCAAAUACCAGAGAGCUGAUAGAAAAGACACUGUCAGUUCACCAGAGGAAAACACUAAAGUCCUGUCCUCAGUUGUACAAGAUGAAGCCAGAGUGGAAGAAGCAGAAGAGCCGGCAGCUGAAAACCUAAUGGCAAGAGAGGACGUGAACCCUGUUGCUGGAGAGCAGAGAGUGGAUGCAGAUGUCGUAGAGGACGAGGGAGGGGACAUUAUCGAAGUGGUGCUGUCUCAGGAGAAAAUUGAUGAAGUUUGUGCAGCAGAAAAGGGAAGCCAGGAUGUGGAGUCAAAAAAAUCCGAGGGUGAUGGUGUUGAGAAGCCGGAGAUGUGCGGACGAGCGGCUGGAAACUCCGUCAAGAGUCCAACAUAUCCUGAAGGUCUUGCUCCAGUUAUCACCUACACCUCCAGCAGGAAGACCCUCAAGUGUCCCAAAUGUGACAAAGUCUUCGACCGAGCAGGGAAAUAUGAGAGUCACACCAGAGUUCACACCGGGGAGAAACCAUUCCAGUGUGACAUCUGUUUUCAGUGCUACUCUACCAAGUCGAACCUGACCGUACACAAGAAGAAACACACCAGCGACACUCCUUGUCAGAAGAAGGAGCACAAAUGUCCGUUCUGCAACAAACUCCACGCGAGCAAGAAAACACUGGCCAAACAUGUCAGGAGGUUUCAUCCAGACAACAUCCAGGAGUUUUUUUCCCCGAAGAAAAAAAAAAGUGAAGGCUGGAAGUGUGCGGCUUGUGGGAAGACCUUCACUCGAAGGCCUCACCUGCAGGAGCACAUGAUCCUGCACAGUCAAGACCGGCCUUUUAAGUGUUCCUACUGUGAUGAACACUUCAAGUCCAGGUUUGCCAGGCUAAAGCACCAUGAAAAGCAUCACUUAGGUCCUUUUCCUUGUGAGAUCUGUGGGCGACAGUUCAAUGACACCGGAAACAGAAAGCGACACAUUGAGUGCACCCAUGGAGGCAAGAGAAAAUGGACCUGCUUUGUUUGUGGAAAAUCUGUUCGGGAAAGAACAACCUUGAGGGAACACAUGAGGAUCCACAGUGGGGAGAAGCCACAUCUUUGCAGUAUCUGCGGCCAAAGUUUCCGUCACGGCAGCUCCUACAGGCUCCACCUCAGAGUCCAUCAUGACGAUAAACGCUAUGAGUGUGACGAAUGUGGGAAAACCUUCAUACGCCACGACCACCUGACCAAACAUAAGAAAAUACACUCUGGUGAGAAAGCCCAUCAGUGUGAAGAGUGUGGCAAGUGCUUCAGGCGACAGGAUCAUCUGACUGUUCACUAUAAAAGCAUUCAUUUAGGGGUCAAAGUCUGGCAAAAGUACAAAACGGCAGUGCAUCAGUGUGAGGUUUGCAAGAAAGAAUUUAAAGGAAAGUCCAGUCUGGAGAUGCACUUUAGGACUCACUCUGGUGAGAAACCCCACCGAUGUCCAGAGUGCCACCAGACGUUCCGGAUCAAAAAGACCCUGACAAAGCACAUGGUGAUUCACUCGGACGCCCGUCCUUUUAACUGCCCUCACUGCAGCGCCACUUUUAAAAGAAAGGACAAGCUCAAGUACCACGUGGACCACGUGCACAGCAAUCGGAUCACCGAUCAGCCUGCCGCCUCUCACGCGGAGGACAAAACAGUCUCAGUCCCAUUUCAUGAAAACCCGAAGAUUUAUCGUACCGAAUCGAAGACGGCACUCCAGAGCAGUCCUCCUCCUUUGAACAUCUGCGUGCCAGUCACUCUAGUUCCUGUCCAGAUUUCGGGAAGCGCACAGGGCGACAUCAACUCUCCGGCGGGAUCUUCUCUCUCCUCUCCAGCACAGAGUGUGGUCAACCUACAGUCACAAGGACAACAGCAGCAGAACUCAGCCUACCAGACUACAACCGAGUUAGCGUUCUUAGAGAAGUACACCCUCACCCCUCAGCCCACUAACAUCAUCCACCCCGUGAGGCCUGAUCAGAUGUUGGACCCUCGAGAACCAUCCUAUCUAGGGACGUUACUCGGACUGGACUCUGCUCCUUCUGUACGGAACACAGACUGAAAAUAGUACAAGCUUUUUUUUUU